CCCCUGCCUGCAGCGCCCUUCGCCAUGGUGGAGCUCAGCGCCAAAGUCAGCAAGACGCUGAACAAGACCACGCCAGGCCUCCAGAUCUGGCGAAUUGAGAACAUGGAGAUGGUGCCGGUGCCCACCAAAAGCUAUGGCAGCUUCUACGAAGGGGAUUGCUACGUCCUGCUUUCGACACGCAAGAUUGGGGAUGGCUUCACGUACGACAUCCACUACUGGCUGGGCCAGGAUUCGAGCCAGGACGAGCAGGGGGCUGCAGCCAUCUACACCACGCAGAUGGACGACCACCUGGGCACCGUGGCCGUGCAGCACCGCGAGACCCAGGGCCACGAGAGCGAGGCUUUCCGUGCCUAUUUCAAACAGGGCCUCAUCUAUAAGAAGGGUGGAGUGGCCUCGGGCAUGAAGCACGUGGAGACGAACACCUACGACGUCCAGCGCCUGCUACACGUUAAGGGCAAGAAGAACGUGGUGGCUGGAGAGGUGGAGAUGAGCUGGAAAAGCUUCAACCGGGGUGAUGUGUUCCUGCUUGACCUGGGCCAGCUCAUCAUCCAGUGGAACGGCCCUGAGAGCAGCCGUGUUGAGAGGCUGAAGGCAAUGACUAUGGCCAAGGACAUCCGGGACCGGGAGCGUGGUGGGCGCGCCAAGGUCGGUGUGGUGGAUGGUGAGAACGAGGAUGCCUCACCAGGGCUCAUGAAGGUCCUCACGCACGUGCUGGGUGAGAAGCAGGAUAUCAAGGCGGCCAUUCCCGACGAGGUUGUGGACCAAGUACUGAAGACUUCCCUCAAACUCUACCACGUCUCUGAUGCCAGCGGAAACCUGGUUAUAAAGGAGGUGGCCAUUCGACCCCUGACUCAAGACAUGCUCCUGCAUGAGGACUGCUACAUCCUUGAUCAAGGGGGGCUCAGGAUCUUCGUGUGGAAGGGGAGAAACUCCACCAAGGAGGAGAAGCAGCAGGCGAUGAGCAGGGCCCUGGGCUUCAUCAAAGCUAAGAACUACCCAUCCAGCACCAGCGUGGAGACGGAGAAUGACGGGUCCGAAUCAUCUGUCUUCAGGCAACUCUUCCAGAAAUGGACCGUCCCCAGCCAGACCAGUGGGCUGGGCAAGAUGCAUACUGUGGGAAAAGUGGCUAAGGUGGAACAGGUGAAGUUCGAUGCCACCACCCUGCAUGCCAAGCCCCAGCUGGCUGCCCAGCAGAAGAUGGUGGAUGAUGGAUCUGGGGAAGCAGAGGUAUGGCGUGUGGAGAACCAGGAGCUGGUGCCUGUGGAGAAGCGGUGGCUGGGGCAUUUCUAUGGUGGGGACUGCUACCUGAUACUGUACACCUACCACGUGGGGCACAAGGUGAACCGCAUCAUCUACAUCUGGCAGGGCCAUCAUGCCAGUGCGGAUGAGAUUGCUGCCUCGGCGUACCAAGCCGUGAUCCUGGACCAGAAGUACAACAACGAGCCGGUGCAGGUUCGGGUGACGAUGGGCAAGGAGCCGGCACACCUCAUGGCCAUCUUCAAGGGCAAGAUGGUGGUGUACGCGGGUGGCACGUCACGGGCAGGCAGCACAGAACCUGUGCCCUCCACCCGUCUUUUCCAAGUGCAUGGCACCAAUGAGUACAACACCAAGGCCUUCGAGGUGCCCGUCCGUGCCUCCUCCCUCAACUCCAACGAUGUCUUUGUGCUCAAGACCCCCAAAUCCUGCUACCUCUGGUAUGGGAAGGGCUGCAGUGGGGAUGAACGUGAGAUGGGCAAGAUGGUGGCUGACAUCAUCUCCAAGGCGGAGAAGCCGGUGGUGGCAGAAGGACAGGAGCCUCCUGAGUUUUGGGUGGCCCUGGGGGGCAAGUCCCAGUAUGCCAACAGCAAGAGGCUGCAGGAGGCAACCCCCUCCAUGUCCCCUCGACUCUUUGAAUGCUCCAAUAAGACAGGCACCUUCCUGGCCACAGAGAUUGUGAACUUCACUCAGGAUGACCUGGAGGAAGAUGAUGUUUACCUGCUGGAUGUCUGGGACCAGGUUUUCUUCUGGUUGGGGAAAGGUGCCAAUGAGUCGGAGAAGGAGGCGGCAGCAGUUAUGGCACAGGAGUACCUGCGGAGCCACCCCAGUGGGCGCGACCUCCAGACCCCCAUCAUCGUGGUGAAGCAAGGCUAUGAGCCCCCCACUUUCACAGGCUGGUUCCUUGCCUGGGACCCUCUCAAGUGGACCGACAAGAAAUCCUAUGAGGAGCUCAGAGCUGAGCUGGCGGACGACGGCAGCCUGGGACAGCUCACAUCAGAGCUCACUUCUAGGCAAGAAAUCUUCACGGCCACCACCACCCUUACCCCCAACAAGCUGGAGACCUUCCCCCUGGAUGUGCUCCAAAACACCUCCGCAGAGGACCUGCCUCGGGGUGUGAAUCCCAGCAGGAAGGAGGACCACCUCUCCGACCAGGACUUCAAGGCCACCUUCGGCAUGGCCCGCUCUGCCUUCGCUGCCCUGCCCUUGUGGAAACAGCAGAACCUCAAGAAGGAGAAAGGACUCUUCUGA